UGCAAUCACCAAAGUACGGAGAAACCAACAUGUCAAUUCGACUACAGCCGUCCCGUUGGUGAGAACUCCCGGGGCUCUUUGAUCGCUCUGGUUCUCUUACUCGCCGCCAAACCUUACCUCUCUACCUCUCCCCCAUUUCCCCUACAGUGUCCUACAACAAGUUCCCUAUGUGCCGCCUUGAGAUCCUGGGCAGUCUCAUUCUCAUCAUUCAUGACAUAGCGGCAUACCUCAAAUCCAAACGAAUCCAAAGGCGGAAAGCUUCCGCCGCAUGAAUGGUUCGUUCGAUCCUUGAGCCGUUCCGACUUGUAGACGAUCAUACCAUCUGCUAUGCUGCACGAGAUCCUACUCUCUUUAUCCGGGAACCCCUCGCCGCUCCUCCGUACCGACAACCCAUCUGAUGCCUUCCCCCUCGUUUCCCCGUCCGAACGAGAACUCCUCGCCUCAGUGGCUCACCUGAGCGACUUGCACAUCAAGCUCCAAAGCCAUGUCGCCCAGAUAGUAUCGGUCGGCCAUGCGUCGACAAUCUGCCGCGCCACCGCGACCGCAAUCAAGUCCGUACAUCUCACUGCCUUCCGCCGCAAAGUCCGCGAGGUGGAGGAGGGUAUCCUGCGCAGGGACCCGGACCUUGUCGGCGCCUACAACAUCGUGCCCCUCACGGCCGUCGUAAGCGAGUUCUCCGGUUGGACAAGGCGUAUGGAGUGGCUGUGGGGGAUUGUCCAGUUCAUCCUCACCGGGAACAAAGGCAAUGGCUGUCGCGGCGCGCAGCUUAUUGAUAGGCUUCGGACUGAACUGCAGACGGGCUAUCUGGACAUUGAACAAACUGCCUUGAGCCUCAUAUCCGCUGCGGAGGCGGCAUGGUUGAAACAAGUGUCGGCCUGGAUCCUAUACGGGCGACUGCCGAGCUUUGGGGGAGAAGAUUUCUUCAUCCAGAAGGCGAAAGACGCCGUUGAGGGUUAUGUCAUUGAACCUACCCUGCUCCCAACUUUCGUCAGCGAGUCCGCUGCAUCUUCCAUGCUGUUCAUCGGGAGGUCUCUUAACUACGUGCGUGAGAAGAGCAGCACCGAAUCUGGCCUGCAGGGACUCGACAACCUCUCCCCACACCUCAAAGAGCUAUCCGCCCUGACGUAUCCCCUUGAACCCGCCAGCCUAUCUAGAGCCAUUACCACUAUACGGAUUGGCCUGUCAAGAAGCACGCUGCAGAAGCUGCUGCCGCUCUCAAGAGUCAUCGACACCCUACGAUUUCUUCGCGACUUCUUCCUCUUGGGGAGGGGGGAGUUCGCAAUGGCCCUGACCCAGCAAGCAGACGCAAAGCUUCGUAGCCGGUGGAAGCGAGCAGAUAACCUCGCCUACGAGAAGCGCGAGGGUCUGGGGGCAUUCGCCGUCAAAGAAGGCGAGGUCAUGGCCGUGCUAGCCAAAACGUGGGCCUCCAUGGGCUUGAUGCAAGGACAGCACGCGGACGAGGACCAGGAUCUUGAGCUGGCCCGGGAGCUGCUGCACUUGCAGCUGACCAAGUCGAAGCCAGAUGCCCCUCUGAGCCUCGGCUACGGUCCUUCGCAACAGAUCCCCCGAACGCUGGCUACGACGCCUUUCCGAAAUCUCCUCUUUUCCGUACCCGUGGUUUUGACCAUGGAGAUCCCCUCACCGCUAGAUAUGUUCCUCAGCCCUUCGGACCUGCAAACCUACUCCAUCGCCAACCCCUAUCUUCUCUCUAUCCGCCGAGCACACAUUCAUCUCACAGACCUAUGGAAGAUCACAUCGCUUCGAAAACAUCACCCGGCGCCUCCGGGCCCACCCGCCGGUAGCACGCGCAGUGGGAAGGCCAAGGUCCGGCUUCUUCGGGAUCGCUUCAGGGUACGAUCCAACGUCAUGCGCAGCACGUGGGUGACGGCGAACGCGGCCCUGUUCUUCCUCGCCGAGACGGAGUCGUAUCUGCAGACCGAGGUCGUCGCGGUCCUCUGGGACGGUUUUCACGCUUGGAUGACUGCGCACGAAGAGAGGGUCCGACCAAGACCACCGUCGUCGGAAGCUGUUCCGAAGGUGACGACGACCGCACCACUCGAGGGUACAUGCGACAAUGGAACCGAGGACGUUUGGCUAGCCCAGUCCACUUCGGCACUCCGCAUCUCUGCCAGAAGCAGGGGGGAACACCCCGCCGUUCCGACCCCGGCCUGCCGGCGCCAUCAUGACCCCCAGAGCCUCGCAACAGCACACGCCUGCUACCUCGCAGUUCUCUCCCAUCGCCUUCUCCUCACCUCGACUCCGUGGACCGACUCGCUCUUCGGCCUCCUCGUCAACAUCGACCACCUCGUCGCCCUGGUUCAGCGUCUCCAGGGGAUCUGGACGUCGAUGGACCUGGAAGCCGACGCGGGCGUGGUGGACGCCUUUAUCGACCUGGAGAACGAGGAGGCUGACGUCAAAGCUGCCCUACAAGAGGUGGAGAGGAAAGUGAAGGGAGGCGUGGAGGAGGCCAUCGCUGCGCUGAGGACGAUGGAGGCCGAUACUGGGUUUGCCGAUGAUAUUGAUCGUGUUUCAAGGAAUGUGGCAUCUGCAGACCCAGGUGAGGACGGCGUCUAUGAUGCGCAGGGACAAUAUAUUCCAGAGAGGGCCGGCGGCGUGGAAAGGCUGCUGAUGAAGCUGGAGUUUGGAGGAUGGUUUACCGGAUCAGGCGCAGAAGCCAUCGGACUGGGCAACGAGACUUACUGAACGUUGCCGGCGGGGUGAUCAAAAAUAUCAGAGGCUCAAGUAUGUUGCAGUUGAAUUUCUGGGGCACCCAAGACCAACUGGGUGGUGAUGACAAGGAACGCGAUUUUCCAUGCAUGAUUUAUUCCGACGUUUGGGGGGACUGAGCCGCCUAUUUCUCUGGCCGCUACGGGACCCAUGAUCACCCGUGUGGCUUCUUCUUUGGCGCAAGACGAGGGCGGUAACGUUAGAAGGCAUCAUGAAAACACGUGAGAGAUGAUCUUUAAGAGCAUUGGUGGUCUGUAGAUAUGGUGUCGUGACUUACAUCACACCUCUCGUGACACUGAGGUUCGGUCAACUGGGAAUAGUCAAGCAUGCUUGUCAUUCGAAUUAACUAUGUUAUGCAUAUUAUGUACCGCAU